AUGCGAUCUUUCAAUCGGUUGUUUUCGAGCAGUUCAUCGUCGUCGUCUCCUUCCUCAUCAGCAACGGCAGCAGCGUUGAACAUCACCAAUUCGACUUCCAAUCAUCAUCAUCAUCCACAAGGUGAUACUACCAACACCACGCCCAACAAUGCCCAACAUCAUGAUACCAGCGGAGCGAUAAACUCCACUCGGGUACAAAAAAUUCAUGUAGUACCACCAACACAACAUCAUCAAAACGAUGGAGAACGAUCAUCAUCAUCGCCCCUACCCAAUACAAUGGGAGAUGUUGCUAGACCAAUUUCUCAAUCUCAAGCAAAACAAUUUUUUAAAUAUAUGAAAAAGUUAAAAAUAGACGCGGUGGAGCAACUUUUGAAAGAGAAUAUCCGUUAUCUCAUGAUCAGAGAUGAUGAUAUUAGUACACCAUUGAUCAAAGCUGCUUCAAGAAACAUGCCAGAGUUCGUUGAUUUGUUUUGUAGAAUGAAUAGAGAUAACAAAGUAGGAUUUUCUUGCUUAGAUUUGACCAACAAACAAAGAUAUACUGCCAUCAACAUUGCUGUAAAAAAACAAAAUACUAACAUUGUAAAAUUGUUGUUACAAUAUGGUGCAAAUAUUUCAGACACUCCUAACCAAGACGGAAAUUUACCAAUUCACAGCGCCAGUAGACGUGGAUUUACAGAAAUAAUUUCCAUACUUGUAAAACAUGACCCUAACCAAUUGAAUAUCACCAAUCCUUGUAAUAGAAGGACUCCAUUAUUCAUGGCAGCUCAACAUGGACAUGUAGAAACAGUGGCAUGGCUCCUGGAUCAGCCCGGAAUAGAUCUCUCUAUUAAAAGUAAGGAUCACAAGAGACCCAUUCACUCAGCUGCUUCUCAUGACAAUGUGGAAAUUGUGAAAUUACUGCUGAAAAAGGGCAAAGAAUAUAUCAACGUUCUGACAAACUCUGAAAAGGACAAAGAUAAGCGGUAUACACCAUUACAUUAUUGUUGUAAGAAAGCUGCAUUGACAACGGCUAAAUAUCUAUUAGAACAAGGAGCUAUACUGGAUAUAUUUAUUAACAAUGCUAAAUUUAACUAUUUUGGCAAAAAGACGCCUCUCUACUUGGCAAUUCAAAGCAAGCGAGAAGAAAUUUUAAAACUUUUUCUUUCAUACUACAAAAUCAUUAUGGAACUGGCAGAAAAUCCUAUUAGAGAAGAUGCCCUUUUAAAAUGUAACAGGAUCAAUAUUUUUGAUCUAGACAUUCAAAGUAUUGUCAAAACAUAUGAUUAUUAUGUUCAACAAGAUGACAUCAAUGUCAUAAUACCUGAUCCGUCAUCCGAUUCUGGUGACAGUGAUGUCGAUGACAUGGAGAACAGCAAUGAUGCAAGCACAGAAAACAAGGUCGUAAAAACAGUACUGCGAACCACAAAGGAGGCCAUUUCUUUAGCUAUUACGGAGGAAAACCAAGAAUUGAUUCAUUUGGCCUUUUCGCUUGAACUUUUUGAUUGUGUUAAACUGUAUUUGGCAAGCUUCCCUCAACUACUAAAUUGUAAAUCAACAUCAAACGGAAACACCCUGAUCAACAAGGCAGCACAUAUUGGUAAUUUGGAAAUGAUGAAAUAUUUAGUGUCUAAAGGAAGUAACAUUUCGAUACCAAAUGAUGUUGGAAAUCUUCCAAUUCACAGAGCUGCUUAUUGUGGCCACGCAGAGCUUGUGAAAUAUCUAGUCGAAGAGUGUGGUGAGUGCGUAGAUGUUUUCCAACAUUCAUCUCCCAAAUCGAAGAGACUUGAAAACUCAUUACACCUCGCAGCAAGAAAAGGAUUUUUGGAAUGUGUGAAGGUUUUAUUGAUGAAUGGGUCAGAUAUCACGCGAACAACAAAAAGUGAGAGUACAACAGGAAGAAGAGAUGCCAUACAACUAGCAAAGAGAUAUAAUCAAAUCGAAGUCUAUGAAUUUCUUAAAAAAGUUUAUGAAAAGACUGCUCGGUCAUGCUAA